AAUAGGAAUGCUGCUGAAGCUUAUGCGUCGAGUUUUACCUCACCUGUCAAUUUCACCAGUUGCCCGCCGCCGUACCUAAGUACUUUCAAGAAUAUUGUCCAGAGUGUAGCAGGUUCUGCGCCUGGAUGUGAUAGGCUAUGUUAUGCCACUUGGUCUGCCAAUCCUUUUGGAGUGGAGCUCCUCCACGACGUGAUGCUCGGUAUGUUCAAGGGUAUUGCGCCUUUCGCCUGCGAGAGCCUCACACUGCAAGCCUUCUUGCCGAAAGGGCUAUGUCAUUCAGUAUUUUUCGCCGCUCAAGCACGUGAUUCACGUUGACCUUACAGCGCUGGCCUCGACGUUUCGCGUGCCCCUGGGCACGUUCAGUGCCGCAGCAUGGUUUGCCCUUCGUGAAUGGGGAUGCCCGAAAGUGUCACCGUUGUCGCUCCUAUGUAUCGCCGCUGCUGCGAGGAUGGAUGUGGACACUGUGCCUGAAUUGGUGCGUAUCUACAGAUGGCUGGAGAACUUCUCUGGGUCUGAAGAUAAUCGUGAUCUUUGCAACCUUACUGUACUGCCGCAGGGGAGAAGAUACCUGAACCACUGGUCCUCAUAUGCACACGCUGAAUAUAUGAUGUGGUUUUGGAGGGAGAAGAGGGUGUGCUUCAUCGCGCCGCUGCUGUCGCUGCUGCCGCUUUCAUUAUCCAAAUCCCACGGCAACAAAAUUGCAGAGAGCGGUAUGCUCAGCAUGCUCAGAGUUAUGGCUGAAAGAUUGUCUGGAGGUAAUAUUAUUACUAGUUAAACUAGAGGCCAGCUACUGGAGUGGUGGCCUGAUCGUGGAGAGGCCAGCUACGGAAAAGGCCAGCUACUGAAGAGAUUGCCGCCAUCAGUUUCGAGGAGAUCAGAAUAAUCCUGCGACAAGUACAUCCGUCGUGGUCUGCGUGGCUGAGGACCUCUGCGGCGGGAUGGUUGGCGCCGUAUCGUAUUCUGAGUGAGAGGGGUAGGGGCUUGUGCAGUUUCGGUUGUGAUAAUUGGAUGAUUGAUCGCCAGGUACAC